AACUUUGUUACUUUCGAUUCGAAGAUUCCGAUAUAUAGGUCAAAUAGGAUGUCGAACUCCACAGGUGUUGCAGGAAAAGUUUGACACAUUACCAUAGACAGUGUUAUGCGAAAAUUACUUUCAAAUGUGGUAGCAGUUCAGAGGGUCAGCUGCUUUUCCACAUCAGCUCUCCAUAUGUCUGAAGUCAGAAUAUCGGCCACUCCACAAGAAGCAUUGGUGGAUGAGAAAAUCCACAUCCAAGUGGAUGGUCUGCCCAAGAAUGGCCCUGUUACAAUCAAAGCCUCUCUACAAGAAGGGAAGCUAAGGUUUUCAUCCUUUGGAUGUUAUACUGCUACAGAUCAAGGUCAUGUGAUUGUGGAGAACCAGUCUUCUGUACAAGGAACAUAUACAGGAGUGGAACCGAUGGGUUUAUUUUGGAGCAUGAAGCCUGAACCUUCUGAGAGAGAGAAUGUUAGACUGCUGAAAAAGGAUGUGACCACACCAAUAGUUGUGACACUGUCAGUGUUGGAAGGCCACCACUCCUGGGGAAGUUUGUUUGAUCCACCCCCAGAACCUCUUACUACAUUAGAUUUGUACAGAUGGUACAAACAUAAAAAUGUCCGACGAGAGAGAGUGAGGCAUGGGAAUGUUAGGGGUGUACUGUUCACUCCUCCGGGACCUGGGCCAUUUCCUGGAGUGAUUGACAUGUUUGGGAGUGGAGGGGGACUAUUCGAUCAUCGAGCAGCAUUGUUGGCAUCCAGAGGGUUCUCUGUGUUAGCUCUGCCAUUUUUUGCAUAUGAAGAUUUACCAGAUAAUCUCACUGAAAUUUCACUGGAUUAUUUCAUUGAGAGCACUGAAUGGUUUGCUGGGCUACCACACAUAAAGAAUGAUGGCGUCUGUGUAAUAGGCCUGUCCAAAAGUGGAAUGUACGCAUUGGAGCUGUGUAGACGAGUGCCACAGGUCAGAGCUGCGGUCCUAGUGAGUGGAGUACCUUUUUACUCUGAUGCUCCUCUUAAAUACAGUGGUGGGGACAUAAUGAAUGCAGAAUCUAGGUUUGAUAAAGUCAAGACGACACCAGAGGGUAUUGUUUUGACAGAAUGCUAUGAGCCGACUGAUGAGUACUACAUAAGAGCGUGGGAAAGUGAAGCGAACGUGCUGUGCAUUACGGGAGAAGACGAUGGGUGUUUGAAUGUAGAAACUUGUGACCAUUUUAUGGAACUGGUGCCUGAGGAACAUAAACAUCGGUUUCAGUUGAUAAAGUACCCUAAGGCUGGUCACCUCAUAGAGCCUCCAUACUCACCUCACUGCAGAAAAUCCUUUCAUAAAGUAUUUGGUUUAGAUUUUCUGUGGGGAGGAGAAACAAAGGCCCACAGUGAUGCUCAGGAAGAUUCAUGGAGGAGGAUCCUAGAAUUUCUUUCCAACCAACUAAAGUGUGAUAAUCUGACCAACCACCCCCUACAAACAGAAAGUAAAUUGUGAGACAAAGAGUGUUGAUAUUGUGAAGCCACGGAAUUAGUACUGCUUGUUUACAGUUGUUACAUGUUAGCAGAUUAUACAGACUGUACUAUCUUUAAAGUAUACUGGUGACCAGAACAUUAUUUAUACAAACAGGAAUUUAUGAAAUAUACUUCUCCGUGACUGUAAGUCACACUGACGAUAUCGUGGGUUUUAUUUUUGCUAUGUUUGCGAUUACAUUACCCUUUAACGCCCAGUGACGCCUUUUGACGCCUUUUAUGUGACGACGGGAUUAAAUUGGGGGCGUUUUGUUAAUAAUUGGAAUAUAAUGAAACAAAUCAUAUUUUCUAAAAGUAGAGUAAAAACUAAACAAUUUUUCUACUCAAAGUUUUUCUGUGCGAUGUUGGGAACUAGUUGAAAACACGCAUUUAAAAUCACACAUCGUUACCAGAAAGUAGGAAAAUUAAGCCGAAAUGACAAAAACUGUGUUAUAUUCUGUUAGUAAAAUCUUUUCUGAAAAACACAAUAUUUAAAAACGUAUAUCAUAUUCAGAAAGGCUGAAAUAUUUGCUUCAUUUUUUCUUAUGAUCAUAUUUAGGUACGGGCAAGUGUCAUAGACCUAUUUCUUCAUGAAAGUAAUGCAAUUUACAAGUUAAACGCGAAAAAAGUGCACUUUGACGUCAUUUGACAUUAGCGUGCGUGUGUAUUGCGCAAAUAAAUUAUAUAACGAUACAAAAGUAUAUUUACGUGGGAAAAGUAAAUAAAUUUGUGAUUGGGUUUUUGUUUUUGUUUUAUGAAUUAGAACUACUGUUUUACAACCUAAAUACAAUGUACAUUUAUUUUCCCUAUGUAAGCGUGUCCGCCUUCAGCCUUGGUAUACGUGUGUGAACAAUGGCUAAUGGUAUCUUCACAUUUACGGAUUUUCUUACGGACCCUUACGUAUUCCACAAAUCCAUAAAAGUACACGGAUUGUUACGAUUUAGACAUGGAUACCAACGAGUGAUUUACGAAUGCUUGUGAUUGACUACGAGUCGGAGAUCCGAAAGGACUCGUAAGAAAAAUCCGUGAUUUUGAAGGUGGUAUAAUGCGCAUGGGAUUUGUGGUUUUUUUUCUCUCUCUCUAUCUUUUUCACGUACAUGUCCGCAUUCAGCCUAAGUACAUUUUUUGUAUAUGUGUGUGAAAAAUGGCUAAAGCGCACGGGAUUUGUGUGUUUUUUCUCUCUUUAUCUUUUUCACAUACAUGUAUUAUAUAAUCUAGAAGAAUAAAGGUUUGUUCACAUU